AUGUUCAAUUUGGCAACUCGUGUACAGUCAGCUGCUAACCUGGCAUUGACGUCUGCCAGCAUACUAUCGGGACUAGUGAUUGUCUUGACAUUGCUCCAAUUGUACAGAGACAACGUUUGGUCUAUCAACACCACAACCAUUUCCGAUAUAAAUGCAAAAUCCUCCGUCAAAUAUUCAUUUCAGUAUGGCUCGAUUAAUAGGAAGCCAAAGGAGAACGUGAAAGUUUCGUUUGAUUUAGACACUGAUUUGAGUGAUCUUUGGAAUUGGAACACGAAGCAAGUCUUUGUAUAUUUAACAGCAGAGUAUCCGGGAAAGUCCAACGGUAGCUCAAACAAGGUCACGUUCUGGGAUAAAAUUAUAAAAGACAAAAAGGAUGCCAACUUGAGCUUGAAAAACCAAAGAGGAAAAUAUUCUGUCUGGGAUGUCGAGAAGGGUUUCAGAGGAAGGAAUGCAACAGUCAAAUUAGAGUGGAAUAUUCAACCACAUAUCGGACCCUUGAUUUACGGCGAAACUUCCAAUGUUGGACAUCUUGAAUUUCCACAAAUUGAAAGCAAAAAGCAGUAA